GUUAUGCGACGUCCACCGCCCUGGGCCUCUACGCGGUCAUUGUCAACCAUCACCGCUGCGGCCCAUCGCGCCCACGCUGCGAUACGCCUCAUCACACCGCAUCUGCUCCAUAGACGACUCACAACUGCCACCCCUUUUCGAAGUGCGACGCCCGCGUCACUGUCGCCGACACGACAUCUUCCGUUGACGGGAUCAGUGAAGUUGUACGACUGCCACAGGAUGCCACCGAAACGCGCCGCGAGCGGGAAGGCGAAACGCAAGCUGGAGGAGGAGAGCGCGGACCCCGAGACGGAGUCGUCCUUCGGCACGGAGUCGGACGCUGAGGGCGCCGGUAAGGCGAAAGGCAAAGGCAAGGCAAAGGCCAAGCCUGCGAACGGAAACGACGACGGUCAGAAGGAUGGAGGUGAAGGGAGCACGAGCGAGCUCGCGCCCAACGGGCAGCCGACGAACAGAGUCAUGCCCGUGCAGGUCUCCUUCCCGCCGCGCGAGGAGGGCCGCGUCCGGAUCGCGACGUGGAAUAUAUGCGGGCUCGCCGCGGCUCAGAAGAAGGGAUUCAAGUACUACGUCGAAGCGGAAGAUCCGGACAUCCUAAUUCUGACCGAAACCAAGGUCAACAAUGAACCUGUGGACCCUGCGCUCACCAGCCGGUUCCCGUACCGUUACUGGUCGAUCGCUGACAAGAAGACCUACUCGGGUACGGCGAUCCUCUCGAAAAUUCAACCGAUAUCGGUCAGUACUACCCUCCCGGGACACCCUGACAGGAGCGCAGUGAAAGGCCGCCUCUUGACGCUCGAGUUUGAGAACUGUUGGCUCGUCGGGACCUACGUCGUCAAUGCUGGCACAGGCUUGAAGACACUAGACGCGAAGAAGGAAUGGAACAAACACUUCACGGCGUACAUCCGGAGCUUGGACAGGCAGAAGCCGGUCAUCUGGGCCGGCGACCUGAACGUUGCGCCCACGGAGAAGGACUUGGCUCACCCGAAGCCGAACUGGAACAAGACGCCUGGGUACACGGAGGCGGAGACGAGCGCGUUCGCGCGGAUCCUCGACCCGAGUCUUCCGCCGCCUGGGUCCGACUCCGAGUCCAAGUCCGAGACCGAUGAGGGGGCCGGUGGGUUUGUCGACAUAUGGCGGAAGAUACAUCCCGACCUGCGACACUACACAUACUUUGGGUACCGCUUCCAGUGCAGGAGCAAGGGCAUCGGGUGGCGGCUAGAUAUGUUUGUCGUCAGCGAGCGGCUGGUGGACCGGGUGAAGAUGUGUGAGAUCCGGAGCGAGAUAUACGGCGCGUCUGACCACUGCCCAGUGACGUUGGAGCUAGAGGGUGCGCUGUAGGGCGUGGAUGACGACGGCAUGGUACGUCGGUACUUGCAAGUACAACACUUAUGGUUAGUUGUGUGCGAUCGGCCACACGGGGGAGGUAUGACGUAGGGCCGCGGGUGUUCUGCCUGUGUUUUUUUGUCGGAGUGCGUACUGGGCGGGCUUAUCUCGGGGAUGGCCUGCGAAAUGAUGCACGAAAGGGAACGUUGAGGCGGGGCGAGAGGAAAGAAGAGACGGGAGCGGGGAGUGGUUCCGGGGGUAUGACGCAGCUCAGCUCGGGGACGGUGCGCAGCAGCGGGAUGAAUGCAAUAACAACGGGGGUCCUUGCACCGUCUGCGAGCCCGGAGGCGCAGUGAUAACGCGCGAUCGUAUUGAAGUGGAGUCCAAUGGAAUGCGACGUUGAGUGUGCAACCGAGG